AUGAAAGAAUAUAAGCUUGAAAGUAAUGAAUGGUUGUGUGAACUGUAUAACAUUCGGGAGUCAUGGAUUCCAGCCUAUUAUGCUGAUGAUCCAUUGGCUGGUUUAUUGCGUACUACAUCAAUAUCAGAGAGUGAGAACAGUUUUUUUGACAAAUUCAACCGUAGAUCUGACACAUUGACAGAAUUUUAUCUCCGAUACGAGAGUGCUAUGGAGAAGCAAAGGCAUACAAACGCAAGAUUAAACUAUGAAGGAACAAAGUCGAUGCCAAGAAUGGACACGCCAUUGUUAUUGGAGAGGGAUGCAGCAGAGUUGUACACUCGAACAAUGUUUUAUGAGGUACAGAAAGAGAUAAUGUCAUCCUGUUAUGAUAUGAGUAUCAACAGUAUAUCAGAAGAAGAUGGCGUGAAGAUUUUUUCCAUAAAGGACAAAAAGAGACAUGGAAAAAUAUUUGAGGUGAAACACGCUUACUUGAACAAUGACGUGCAAUGUACGUGUAGGCUGUUUGAGAAAAUAGGUAUAGUAUGUAGACAUGGUUUUUUUGCACUGAACCAAGCUGAUGUAACAAAAAUACCAAGACAUCUUGUUGUGAACCGAUGGACAAAAGGUGCUGAGAUGAGGCAUUCAUUGCAGUUCAAGGAAAUAUCAGAACAAUGUAAUGCAAUUGAAGUGAUUGAUGCGCACGAAUUGGUUAACAUGCACGAGUUGAAUGAUGCGUGCGUGUUAACUGACUAUUGGGCGCGUUUGUACGCUUUGAGUUGA